CCCCAGAAAAGUGUGUUAUGCGCCACAUCUCAGUCAGAAAGUAGGAUUCCGCGCCGAGUGCUGCUCUUAAUCUAGAAAACGUGCAAAAUCCUUGUACUGAUCAAGUUGAACGAACCUGACGACAUCUCGGUUGCGCGAAUGCUCGUUGCGUCUGGGAAUUUGUUAUUGUUUUGUUUGCGCGGCCACGAAAGCAGCGGCCAAGGGUGGGGGUGCUGAUUAGGCACUGAUGAGGGGCCACCAGUCGAGCACCAUUUGAGGCUCACUCUCACACUCGGUCGGUCGGUCAGUCGAGUCGCCUGCCACAGACACACGUGCGACUUCUUCACGUGGCGCAGAUGCUCUGCCUUAGCACUCAAAGCCAGCCAGACCUGUUGCACACUUUAGACAUGCAUCCCAAUUUUUGCUUUGACGUUCUCCGGCAUCGCAUCAUGGUGGCCGAAUUUGUUGCGCGGCAUGCACCGCCAAGCGGCCAGGAGAUGAUGAGCAGCGGCCAGAGCGUGUACGAGCCAGUGCACGAUUCGCCAAUCGGCUCGCCCAACCCGGACUCGAACAACAGCGAUCAUUACUCGCAGGAUCAGAACUACAGCCACGCCGAGAUGCUGAAGCGCAAGGAGCUGUUCAACCAGCGCAAGCAGCGUGAGUUCAUCCCAGACAACAAGAAGGAUGAAAGUUACUGGGACAGGCGGCGACGCAACAACGAAGCCGCCAAGCGCUCGAGGGAAAAGCGCCGCUUCAACGACAUGAUCCUGGAGCAGCGCGUCGUCGAGCUGACCAAGGAGAACCACGUGCUGAAGGCUCAGCUGGCGGCCGUCAAGGACAAGUUCGGUGCCCAGGCCGAGAACCUGAUCAGCAUGGAGCAGGUCAUGUCGAACAUCCCGCCACCCGAGCUGUCCGUGAAGCGGGCCAAGGUGGCCACCACGCCACCUCGACCGCUGCCCACCUCCGUGAUCCACGAGCCGGUGCCCAGCGGCUACCCGGCGCCCCCGGAGCCGAUGCACCACCAGCAGGUGAUGCACCACCACGAGAUGGCACCGUCAGCCGGCAUGUACCCGUACUCGAUGCACCUGGCGCACCCGCUGGCCCUGAGCACGGCCGCGAUCGCCAGCCUGGACGGCAGCGGCAGCGCUCUCAACCUGAGCCGCAGCCGCUCGCCUGCGUCGAGCAGCCCUGCCGAGAGCAGCGACGAGGGCAUCGUGACGUCGCGGUCACCACCAGUCGCCGACUACAGCUCCCUUCCGCUGAAGCUGCGACACAAGCGCAGCGACAAGGACGCAGCGUCGUUGCUGCAGGCCAUCAAGCAGGAGGCACGCGCCUCGCCACCCUGGGACGCCGAGGGCAGCAGCGACGAGCGUGACUCGGGCAUCUCCAUCGGCGCCGAGUGGCCGGCGGCGCCGCAGUCGCAGAUGCAGCAGCAGCAGGCGUCGCCGGCGCCGGUCGACGAGAGCCUCGAGUGUGAAAACUCGCAGCUCAAGUCGCAGCUGGCGCGCCUCGCCUCCGAGGUGGCCAACCUCAAGAACAUCCUGACGCGCAAGGCCGACGACGCCGUCCACACGUCGCUCUAACCCGGCAGGCGCUCGCGCCCCACACCUGAUCUCCGCGCCGGCCGGCCGGCCCCAGCACAAGCUGCCGCGCCGUUUUUGCAUUUCGUGUUUGCGCCUGACAACUCAAACACUCGCGCUUUUCCUCCACUGCCGGGGGCAAAUCGACAAACACUACUUUUUUUUCAUUGAUUAUAAUGUGUUGAAAUGAAUAAAAAUGCGACUCCUGUGAUUUAGAGCGGCUAGUGCGUGUCUUGCUGAAUGUAUAAACUAACUUCUUUUGUCUCACGCGGCCGCGGCACCGGCGCACAGGGCCCAUAGUUGACUAGACGCCCGCCCCGCCAGGCCGCGCACUUUGAAUGUGUAAUACCUUCUCUUCUUUUGCUCCUACUUUUAACUCAAUUUCUAAGUACGUCGGCUAAGUAUUUAUAUAAAAGAUGAUGAGAAUGUUUAAAUUAUUUUGCGAAAGCACGGUCUAUCGCGUGGGCCGAAUUUGCAUCACUGCGUUUGUUAAUUUAUCUUGAUGUAAACACUGUAUUUUGAGAUGUAAAUAAAUUUUAAUUAAACAAAAA